UAACGCGCUGUGGAAAACAUGCGGCUCGGGGGACCCCCCCGCGGCCCCCGCUCCGGGCCGAGCCCCGCGGGGCCCUGGCUCAGCCCAGGCAGCGUGCAGAUUAACGAGAGCCCCCAGAGCCGGACCGGGCGCACAAGACCCGCUGGGCCGGGGCCCGCCGCGCCCUCGGGGGUCCCGGGCUCCCCGCGGCCAGGGCGCCCAGCCUCCGCCAGGAGGGCCCGGCCGAGAACCCUCCCCCGCUUCGGGAGCCGCCUCUGGAGGCAGCAGCGGCCGCCCUCCCCGGGAGCCCGCGGCCCCGCCUCCCGCCGCCCCGCCUCGCCAGCGGCCUCCCCUCGGUCUCCGCCCCGGGCGGCCCGAGGGGCGGGCCUGGGGGGCGGGGCCUCGCGGGGGCGGGAGGAAGCGCGGGGGGAGGUGCUUCCGGGACAGAGGGCGGGCAAGAUGGCGGCGCCCAUGGAGCUGUUCUGCUGGUCGGGGGGCUGGGGGCUGCCGUCAGUGGACCUGGACAGCCUGGCCGUGCUGACCUAUGCCAGGUUCACUGGUGCCCCACUCAAGGUGCACAAGAUCGGCAACCCCUGGCGGAGCCCUUCAGGAACUCUGCCUGCCCUUCGAACCAGUCAUGGAGAGGUCAUCUCGGUGCCACACAAGAUCAUCACCCACCUUCGAAAAGAGAAGUACAAUGCUGAUUACGAUCUGUCGGCCCGGCAAGGGGCGGACACCUUGGCCUUCAUGUCUCUGCUGCAGGAGAAGCUGCUUCCGGUGCUGAUCCAUACUUUUUGGGUGGACACCAAGAACUACGUGGAAGUGACCCGGAAGUGGUACGCCGAGGCCAUGCCCUUCCCCCUGAACUUCUUCCUUCCCGGCCGCAUGCAGCGGCAGUUCAUGGAGCGGCUGCAGCUGCUGUGCGGGGAGCACAGGCCGGAGGACGAGGAGGAGCUGGAGAAGGAGCUGUACCAGGAGGCCCGGGAAUGCCUGACCCUGCUCUCCCAGCGCCUGGGCUCCCAGAAGUUCUUCUUCGGGGACGCCCCUGCCUCCCUGGAUGCCUUCGUGUUCGGCUACUUGGCGCUGCUGCUGCAGGCGAGGCUGCCCAGCGGGAAGCUGCAGGCCCACCUGCGGGGGCUGCACAACCUCUGCGCCUACUGCGCGCACAUCCUCAGCCUCUACUUCCCCUGGGAUGGAGCGGAGGUGCCGCCGCCACGCCAGACGCCAGCGGGCCCCGAGGCCGAGGAGGAGCCGUACCGGCGGCGGAACCAGGUGCUGUCCGUGCUGGCGGCGCUGGCGGCCAUGGCCGGCUACGCCCUGCUCAGCGGCAUCGUAUCCAUCCAGAGGGCGCCGCCCGCCCGGGCCCCUGGCCCGCGCGCCCUGAGCAUGGCCGAGGAGGAGGAGGACGAGUGACCUGGCCCCGCGCUCCCAGGCCGGACUUUUCUGCUCUCGCACAUUCCAGAGGCUUCUCUGCUUCCUCGCGGUCGUUACGGCCGGAAAACGGGCGCCGCUCCCGGAAUAAAGUCGUCCACGCGGACUGCA